GAUGGCAACCUGUUGAAAGUGAAUCGACUAUCGACGCCAUGAAUUUCAAUCGAUUUUUCUCGAUAACCUCUUUAUUGUUUUAUAAGCGGCUAUAUGCCGGACGAACAGUUAACAUUUCAACAGUAUUUGAAAAGCAUGUAUAAAGUGACACGACGCUAAAAUAUCACUUCGUUCGAAAUAUUUCUCAGCAAAAUGGCAUUUGAUCAGUCUUGAUUCUUUGUAACAAAGGCACGUACGGGUUUUUUUUGUCACUGUGAAAGAGGUUAGAUCUAUGCCGACAUUACGAUGGCAAUGGAAUUUUUAGUAAAUCGACUGAAAGCUCUUAUGGUAGUUCUUCUGGGGAUAUUUAGACGAGCAAUGUGUUGUCUCCGACGACGAAGAAGAUCAUCCUGUGAUUCAAUCCCUCUGUCCACGGUCGGCGUAGUACCAAAUACCGUAAACAACACAGCACAACCAGAAUUAGAGCACUGGGAUCAAUGGGAGGAAAAUCCUGUCGUGGUCGUGCCAGAUAGACCAGUUAACGUGAUACAAGCAAAGAUUGAACAAUACAGGCAGCAAGUAUCGAAAUCACCAGAAUCUGCAGAAGAGCAGCAACCAAAUUUCUUUGAGAACAUGACACCAAAGAUUACUACACAGACAAAGAUUUUAGUGAAGGACAAGGAUUCAGAAAAUGUAUCCUGGAACGCAUCAAAGUUUGCCAUAGUCAAUGAUCCAGUACCAUCUAAUGAACUAGGAGAUUGGGAAGACAAUGCUGUUGGUUGGGAGGAAGAAACAACAAAAGAAUUUGGAGAUCCCACAAAGACAUUGAGAGAACAAAAGCGAAGAGAAAGAGAACAACGAUUGUUCGAACAGCAACAGAAGAGAAUCGAACGCAAUUCAAGACCUCAGCCAUUAGGAGCAAAAUUAAACUCUUGAUGAGGAAGAACAUAGUCACAAAGAUUUAUAUCAAAAAUAAUAAUUUUUCAUUCAGUGAUAUAUUCGUGCAAUGUGAUGUUUUUGCAACUACAUGAAACGUUAAUUAAAAUUAAGAAAAAUCAAAGGUUAUUAUUUAUAUUAUGAGUUAUUCAUAUGUAAAAUCUUAUAUUCCUUAUAAGAAAACAUAUCACGACGAUAUUUUGUUUAAAUCGUCCAAAUUUGAAUUUUAACGUAUUUACUAAUUAAUUGUUAUGCAUUUAAUUUUUUGUUGGGAGUUUCUCAAAAGUCGUUGGAUGGUAUUUAAUCCUAUCGAACUUAUUAACAGAAAUCAAAAGAACUGACUUAUUUACAUAACGUACAGAAACUACGAAUGUACUUUCACACUGUAAACAAAUGGUAACUAUUAUUGUUUAAAUUUAGGCUUACUAUUAUUGUUUAAAUAUAUUGUUUUAGUUUUAAAAUGUUUAUAACGUCCAGGCACAUUCCAUGUAAAUAAUCUUGUAACACCAUGUAGAAGCUGAUUUUUUACAAUGAAAUCGGACUACUUUUCGGGGGCAGAUUAAAACAAAAUUCAAUAACUAAUCUCUUCGCAAGUAUUAAUUCAUCUGUAUGAUUAUUCUCUUAAUCAUACCGAUGUAGAAUCGAGAUUGAAUUUGUAGCAGUAUGAAAUAAAUCACAUUACUAAACAUAG